AUGUUUUUCCCAACGGUGGACGCACCAGCCAACGCAAGCAUCGAGCAGGGAUAUCUUCGUGUCGUCUACCAGAGCAUGUUUCCAUUCAUCGUAGUUACGCAAGAAGCAAACGGCCAUCGCAUGUCCGGACCUGUCGCCGAAAUGCUGGCGCUCAUCGUACGAGGUCUCAACGUCAGGCCGGUAUUGUCACUACCUCCGGAUGGCCAGUGGGGGUACAAAGUGAACGGAAGCUUCACCGGCGCCAUCGGCAUGUUACAGAGAAAGGAAGUGGACCUGUUCAUCGGUCCGGCAGGCCUGAUCGCCGAGCGACUGGAGGCAGCCAACUUUUACCCCUACGUGUUCGGCUACUCCACCAUACUGGCACCGCACCCACGGAAGAUCGUGGACCCAUUCAGCUUCGUCAAUGCCUUCCAGUCCCAGGUCUGGGUGGCCAUUUUCCUGAGCUGGUUCCUGGUGGCCCUCGUGUCAACUCUUGGAGAAUCGCUGCUUUCCACGCUGGCGCCAGGUCGCGGCAUAAGUGUGCGUCGCGGUGGCUACUGGAACAGCCUCUGGGAAUACCUGCAGUUCAUGCUUCCGCAAGGCUGCAACAAGUGCACCUCGAGCGAGUUUGGUCGCGUGCUGCUGGGCUUCUGGUUCCUGGCCAUGCUGGUGCUAAUGUCCAGCCUUGGAGGCGAGCUCAAGGGGAGUCUGCUCGUCAAGGACAUCGAGGAUCACGUGGACUCGGUGGACGACCUGCUGCGCUUUCCCUCAAUACGCAUCGCUGCAGAGAAGGGCAGCGUGCACGAGCGGUUCUUCAACAGACCGGCGCACCCGACGUUCCGCAGUCUGCUUCCGCGGCUGCAACCAGUUCAGGGUUCGCUGACGUCAAUGGAAGUGGCGGCCGCCAUCUUGGACAAGGUGGAGGCCCGCAGCCACGUGUUCGUCCUGCCGCUGACGUACCUCAAGGGACUGCUCAACGCGCGCUACACCGCUAGCGAGGGGCGCUGUCGCUUCCACGUGGUUCGACAUCCGCUCUCGCUCACCACGGUUGGCAUGUUUCACCGCAAGGACCUCGCGCCGGACACGAGAGAAGCCAUCGAGAAAAGAGCCCGGUACAUGAUCGACAGCCACCUCUUCGAACGCAUGAUCGACACCCGAGUCAUCAACUACACUCGCUGCUUGCAAGAGGAAGAAGACCGCGUCGACGCACUCAGCAUCAGCGACGUGCACGGAAUCUUCUACCUCUACUUGGCCGGCGUCUGCGCCUCUGUUAUCGGCUUUGGCCUCGAGUGGGCCUCGUACGCCUUGUCAUCCCGCGAGAGGAAUCAGCCCAGAGAACUGCGCGCGAUGAGCUCGCCCAAGACCGAGGCCACCAAGAAGCACGCCAAGGAGAAGAAGGCGCGCAAGAAAAUCAAGAGCCCGAAAACGGCCCACCGGUAA